AUGAGUGGAGGAUCUAUGCAAUAUUCUGUUUUGGUUGGCCUUGUGUGCCUGGCCAUUGCCUCCUUUUCUAGUAGUGUUGGAAGCUCCAACAAUACUUUCUUGUGCUUGGAGAGUGAAAGGCUUGCUCUUUUACAGUUUAAACAAGGCCUUCUAUCCGAUUACAAAUAUAAUGCUCUUGCCACUUGGGAAAGCACGAAAGAUUGCUGCGACUGGAGAGGAAUUGCGUGUAACAAUCAUACAGGUCAUGUCAUCACUCUUGAUCUCUCUUUUAAUUUUCUAAGAGGUGAAAUUCAUCCUUCACUACUUGAAUUGCGAUAUCUAGAGUACUUGGACCUUAGUUUUAAUGAUUUUGGAGGUAUGAUGAUUCCCGUCUUCAUUGGCUCUUUGAGUCAAUUGAAAGAGCUCAAACUUGGAAGAGCUAAUUUCAGUGGGCAUGUUCCUCCCCAGCUUGGAAACCUCUCUAAUUUGCACACUCUUGAUCUUUCCAAUAACGAAAAUGUUAGUUCUGAAAAUGUUGAGUGGUUGUCUCAUCUCUCUUCCUUGAGAUACCUGAACAUGUCAUGGGUGAAUUUGUCUGAGGCUGUGAAUUGGCCACAAUCUUUGAGCAAGCUCACUUCAUUAAGAGAGCUUAAGUUAUCUCUGUGUAACCUUCCUGAUGUCAAUCUAAGCUCACUUUCUAAGAACGCACUGGAGACCUUGGACUUGCAGAAUAACCAGUUCUGGGGUUCACUUCCAGAACUGACAGGUUUUUCCAAGUUGAGAGAGUUACUCCUCUCCUCUAAUAAUAUAUCCGGGUCUCUACCCGAGAGUGUCGGGACACUCUCUAGCCUUGAAGAACUAGAUGUCAGCAUGAAUUCUAUGACGGGUGUCAUCACAGAAUCCCACCUUCGGGACCUCUCUCGUUUACAGUCUUUGAAACUUUCUGGUAAUGGUUUCUACAUCAACCUCAGCUCUCAUUGGGAUCCACCAUUUCAACUUACUAGUUCGUUAGCCCUCUCCUCUUGCAAGCUGGGCCCAGCUUUUCCGAAAUGGAUUCUGAAGCAGACAAAUAUUACUGAGCUUCAUCUCUCUAAUGCUGGAAUAUCAGGAUCAUUACCUGAUAAGUUUUGGGAUCUAUUUGUCCACUUAUAUUCGUUAGAUCUCUCCAUCAAUCAAAUCUGUGGGAAGCUGCCGAAUCUGUCAACAACAAUAUUUUGGGUUGUUGACUUGUCUUCUAAUCUACUUUCCGGUGCAGUGCCAUCAUUUCCUCCGACGCUUAGGUUCUUGAAUCUCUCGACCAACAUGUUUUCUGACCUCUCGUCUUCCUUUUGUGCAACGCGGGCUCCAUAUUUGGGUUUCAUUGAAAUUUCUGAUAACCUAUUAUCAGGGGAGCUUCCCAAUUGUUGGAUGCAAUUCUCAGGAUUGGGAUUAUUGUUUUUAGGAAAAAAUAAAUUAUCAGGGAAAAUACCAAGCUCGUUGGGCAAUCUAAAGAUUAUGACUUUAUUGAGUUUAAAAGAUAACAACUUCUCAGGAGAAUUGCCUUCGUUAGAAAAUUGUACUGAACUAGCGAUGGUUGACCUUGACAACAAUAACUUGUCGGGGAGGAUACCAACAUGGAUUGGCCAACGCCUAACAACUUUGAUGUAUCUACGCUUACGCUCCAAUCAGUUCAGUGGAAUCAUACCUUCUUCCCUGUGCAAUCUAGCCACCAUUCAUGUUUUGGACCUCUCUCACAACAAUAUUUCAGGAGGCUUGCCACGUUGCUUGAAUAACAUAACCGCUAUGGCGGUUGAUAUUGUAUUGGGAAUGGGUGUAGAACUCGUAUGGAAAGGAAUAGAGAGAGAGUUUGGGAAAAAUCUUCUGCAGGUGAGAAGCAUUGACAUUUCAAGCAAUUCUUUGGUAGACGAAAUUCCAGAAAGUAUCACAAGUAUGGAAAAGUUAACAUCACUGAACCUUUCAGGAAACAAUUUGAUCGGAAAGGUUCCUGAAAACUUUGGAAACAUGAAGAUGUUGGAAUCUCUUGAUUUGUCCAGAAACCAGAUAUCUGGUGGAAUACCUGCAAGUUUUUCAAAACUAAACUUUCUUAGUGUCUUGGACUUAUCACACAACAACUUGUCAGGAAGAAUUCCACUUGGCACCCAACUUCAGAGUUUUAAUGCUACUGUAUAUAUGGGAAAUUUUGGACUUUGCGGACCACCGUUGACACCAAAUUGCUCGGAAAAUGGAACAACACAAGCUGAUGAUGAUAUGAAAGAAGAUGAUGAUGAUGGUCUCAUAAGCCUGGGAUUUUUUAUCAGUACAGUGCUAGGAUUUGUCAGUGGAUUUUGGAUAGUCUGUGGGAGUUUGCUGCUGAAGAGCUCUUGGAGAUACGCCUAUUUCAAAUUCUUAGAUGAUUCAAGAGAUUGGAUUCAUGUCAAAACGGCUGUGUACAAGGAAAAAAUGCAGAGGAGACUUCAAAGAUAA